AGAUUCAAAGGAAUUGAUUCUUCAUUUUGGUUGAGUAGGUUAUCUUUGAGCUUGAGUCGAAAGAAAGGAUCAAUGGAGAUGACCUGUGAAUAAAGAAUGAACAAAGUGGGAAACAGAUCUUUAAAGUUUGAUCUUAAAAAUUUUCCAAGCGCUUCAAUGGGUCCUCUGCUUCUCCGACUAUGGGGAAGGACAGCUUCCCGAUUCCCGCCAUUUUCAAGGGUUCGAAGCUUCCGUUCUGAUGCGGCAUUGGAAGCCAUAGCCAAAGCUGCAGAAGAGAGAGUUCCCAAUGUUGUGCUUUACAACUAUCCCUCUUUUUCUGGAGCUUUCUCAGCCCUCUUCGCACACUUGUUUCAUACUCGCCUUCGUCUCCCUUGCCUCAUUCUCCCUUUCUCUUCUGUUGCUCCUCUCAGGUUCCAUCGCUUUUAUCUUAGCGCUUCACUUAUUUCACCACCAACUCCCUGUCUCCAAUGCUGCCAUUCAGUAAUUUUCCCUUUACCUUUUGAAUUUCUGUUCUUCAGGAUUGAGGAUUUAUAUGUGGAAGGGCUUGAGCGGUGCUAUUUUCUUGACUUCUUGGGUCCGAAAGGAUUUGCAGCCGCCGUUUCACGUCGACCCACAUGUGAGGUUCUAUGUUUCGAUCAUCGGAAAUCAUCACUUCGACAUAUUAUCCCCACGGAAGAUCGCCCUAAGAAUCUGUCAGUUCGUGUAAAUCUUGAAAAGAGUAGCUCCAUAGCUGUGUAUGAAUAUUUCUCCUCUAGACUUGUGGAUAUGGAAAUUUCUUGUGAGGACCUUUUAGAAUUAAAAGAUAGAAGUCGAAUUGAAAUGGUUCUUAAGUACAUUGAGGAUGGGGAUCUUCGAAGGUGGAGCUUACCUGAUAUUAGGGCAUUUAACAUUGGGAUCAGUGAGUGGCGAUCAAAAUUGAACUGUAUCACUAAUCCAUACAUGUAUGAACAGUUGCUGGAGAUGAAUUCUUUGGAAUUGAUUGCUAAGGGAACUGACUUCAUUGCUUCUCGUGAAAAUGCCGCUAAUAAAUAUCUAGACAAGUCUUUUAAAAUUCGUUUGGGGAGGGGACUUUAUGGCGAGUGUCUGGCAGUAAGAGCAGAUGGGAAUUCCAACUUGAGCGAUGAAAUUGGGAAGCAGCUGAGUAUGAGAAGUGUUGCAGCUGGAUUGAGGCCUAUAGGAGCUGUCAUAUACAUGCAACGAAACAAUCUUAAAAUGUGUUUGAGGACUACGGAUGGUGCUACCGACACAUCUGAGGUCUCCAAAGCUUAUGGUGGUGGGGGUUCGCCAAGUUCAAGUUCUUUUAUGAUCAGGAUGGACGAGUACAAUAAGUGGCGAUUAGUGAAUUCAUCCUGACAAACUUUGAUCUGGUGAUGUAUUUGUCCAGCAGUGAUGCAGCUCUCCUCCGGUGAUCCGUCUCUAAAUGGUGGUUUGAGCUUCUUCCUUGCAGCAAUGCUCCACGAACAGCAAUAACGCGAAUAUGCCGUUGGUACAUUAUGGAGGAGGGCGGCGACGAUGAAAUUUUAGGAGGUGGGGUGCGUAUGAGAGGGAAGAAGAGGUGGAGGAAUAUAGAGUGUGUGACGAGAGGGCUUUUAAUUUUCUUCUCAUAUAAUUCUACGUAUACUCAUUUAUAUAUGGUUAUGUAUACAAGGUUCACAAUAUCAAUGUCAACGAAAAUGACAAGAUUUCAAAUUUUGAAUUUUACAAAAAUGUUGAUGAAAAUAUCGAUGACGUUGGAUAUUU